AUGGCCGUCUUAAUAUACUUUCUUCUUGUCUUGAUCAUCCCUCGUGAAGCAGAUUCAAUCAGUUUUGAUUUUCCAAAUAUCAGUCCACAAAAUCAGAACACUGAUAUAGUUACUACGGCUGAUGCUUUUAUAUCUACUGAUGGAAUGCAAUUAAUUCCGGAUAAAAACUUUACAGCAGGCCGGGGGAUAUACAACAAGAUGCUUCAUAUAUGGGACAAAACCUCUGGUGAGCUAGCCAGCUUUUCUACUAAUUUCUCAUUCGUGAUCGAGUCAGAUAUAGUUGAUCCAAUUUAUGCUGAUGGCCUCACAUUCUUCCUUGCUGAGAAUAAUUCAGUAGUAACAAUCGGUGGAGCCCUGGGUCUUCCGGUUAAUAAUAAGACCUACACAAGUUUAAAUUUGUUUGUUGCAGUGGAGUUUGAUACUUACUGGAACAUAGGAUGGGAUCCAGCAGAGAUUUCACCAAAUCGUCAUGCAGGCAUAAAUGUUAAAUCUCUUAAUUCUUCAAUCUUCAAGAAAUGGUCGAUCAAUAUAACAGAAAAAACACCCUGUCACGCUAGUGUAACGUAUGAUUCUGUGUCGAAUAACCUUGGUGUUAUUGUCACUGACGGUGUAUAUGGUACAAUUGACCUUAAUUACAUCAUUGAUCAAAGGAAAGUAUUGCCCGAAUGGGUUAUUUUUGGGUUUUCAGCAGGAGGUGGACUUCGGUUUGAGAAAGUUACAGUUUUAUCAUGGAGUUUUAGUAGUUCAAAUCUACGUGUAGAUGAACAAAAGGCACCACCCCCAACCCCGAAAAAAAUGGCAGGUCAUGUGGUUGGAUUAAUAGCUGGAUUAGUUGUUGUAAUUUCUUUUGUGGCUAUCCUUAUAUUUUAUUAUUUAUGGAGGAGGAACAAACACAGAAGAAAUGAAGUAAGAUAUCAUGCGAAGAUGAACAAACGUUUCGAACAGGGGACUGGACCAACAAAAUUCUCUUACCGCAAAAUUCUUCGGGCAACUGAUGGUAUUGCCAAGAGAAACAAACUUGGGGAGGGAGGUUUUGGUGGGGUUUAUAAAGGUUUACUGAAAGAUCCAAUAAUGGAUGUCGCGGUGAAAAGGGUAUCCAAUACAUAUGAACAAGGUAUCAGGGAAUAUACUGCAGAAGUUGAAAUAAUUAGCCAGUUAAGGCACAAAAAUCUGGUAGAACUCAAGGGCUGGUGCCAUUGGAAAAGGAAGCUCCUGCUUAUUUACGAGUAUAUGGAAAAUAGGAGCUUAGAUCUCCAUCUCUUCAAGCAGAAAAGCUUGACAUGGGACCAGAGAAAAAGAAUUGCAAAUGGCCUGGCAUCUGCUUUGUUGUAUCUUCAUGAAGAAUGCAAGAAAUGUAUUUUGCACAGGGAUAUCAAAUCGAGCAAUGUUAUGUUAGACUCAGAUUUCAAUGCAAAGCUUGGUGAUUUUGGGUUAGCUAAGUUGGUUGACCAUGACAAAAGCUCUGAGAGAACCAAAUUGGCCGGGACAUUGGGUUACAUGGCUCCUGAAUAUGGGGAGACUGGAAAAGCAAGCAAAGAAUCCGAUGUAUAUAGCUUUGGAGUAGUUGCACUUGAAAUAGCUUGUGGGAGAAAAGCCAUCGAGUACGAGGCCCCUGAAAGACCAGAGGCUCCGGAAAGACCAGUGGUAUUAGUAAAAUGGGUUCGGGAUUUCUACGAGACUGGGAAUAUUGAAAAAGCAGUUGAUCCGUCUCUUGGAUCAGACAACAAGGAACAAAUUGAGCGGUUGAUGACUGUUGGGUUAUGGUGUGUACACCCUCUUGCAGACCAACGCCCAUCAAUGAGGCAAGCCAUUCAAGUAUUGAACUAUGAUGCUCCCCUGCCCAAACUGAGUAAACUUCCAUCAAAGAUGCCGGAAAUCACUUCUUACGCCUCUCCAAAUCCUCCAGAAGAUUUUCAUACGAUGCGUUCUAUAAUUAUAACUUCUUCUUCAAGUUCUCGUUCUAGCACGCCAAUUCCCUCAAAGCUCUCUACGUCAUCAGCAACUUCUUCUACAGCUGCGUUGCUCCGUGGUUGA